UUAAAGGAAGCCAUCGACAAAAGAUUACGGCCUUUGCAAAAGUUUGUCAUGUAUUGAGAACUAGCAGUGAGAAUUCUAGUUAGGGUCAGGUUGAAACCGUCGUAUCGUGCCUAGUCAUCAGUUUUUUUUUUCCCCUGAAAUACUUUACCAUAUCGCCGGCAAUAAUGGAAAGGCUCACGUCCCCGCUCCCACUUGUCCUGCAGUUGCUGAUUUUCACACAACCUGCGUGAACUCAUCGAUGGGACAAAUUCCCCUUACAACUGCAGUGUGAUGGGCCCAGUGGGAAUAGAGAAGGUACGCCGAGUGCCAUCGUGCUGAGGCCCCUUGAAGAAGCCUAUCGUUACUUGGAUAUUUUUUAGGCGCCCCGCGGAGUCAUAGGCCUUGCCUGUUGCAGCGUGUGAUAGGAAUCUUGCUCACCAUGACGUUGGAGUCCAACGUCAACAUUAAGACAUCCAGUUCCAAGUCAGAAGCGGUGACAGUCAUCGUCCGUUGUCGACCCCUCAAUGAGAAAGAAGUGGAAAAUGGCCAUGAAAGCAUUGUGAAUGUCUUUCCUGAAAGAGGAGCAGUUGAGCUGAAGAAUCCACACCCUAACAGCCAUGAAGAGCCUCUACGUCAAUUUACUUUUGAUGCAGUUUAUGAUUGCAACUCAAAACAGCAAGAUUUGUAUGAUGAGAGCUUCCGCCCAUUGGUACAGAGUGUUCUUCAAGGGUUCAAUGGGACUAUUUUUGCCUAUGGACAGACAGGAACUGGCAAAACCUACACAAUGCAAGGUAUUCCAAGUCAUGUUGAUGAAAAGGGAGUUAUUCCAAGAACAUUUGAACAAAUCUUUGACCACAUAUCAUUUUCCACUGAUCAACAAUACCUUGUCAGAGCAUCAUACUUAGAGAUCUACAUGGAAGAAGUCAGGGAUCUUCUGCAAAAGGAUCAAGCAAAACGAUUGGACUUGAAGGAAUCUCCUGAUACUGGAGUUUAUGUCAAGGAUCUGUCAUCCUUUGUCUGCAAGAGUGUGAAGGAAAUUGAACAUGUCAUGACUGUUGGGAACAAGAACAGAGCUGUUGGGGCAACUAACAUGAAUGAGCACAGCACUCGAUCGCAUGUCAUCUUUCUCAUCACUGUGGAAUGUAGUGAGCUGGGCUGUGACAACGAAAAUCAUAUUAGGGUUGGAAAGCUCAACCUUGUAGACUUGGCUGGCUCUGAACGCCAAGCUAAAACAGGAGCUGUUGGUGAGAGAUUUAAGGAAGCAACCAAGAUCAACUUGAGUCUUGCUGCCUUGGGGAAUGUGAUUUCAGCCUUAACAGGCAAGGGCACACAUGUACCCUAUCGUGAUUCCAAACUCACUAGGUUGCUACAAGACUCUCUAGGAGGAAAUGCAAAAACAGUGAUGGUAGCAAACAUUGGCCCUGCUGCAUAUAAUUAUGAUGAAACACUUGGUACCUUGAGGUAUGCAAACCGUGCAAAGAGCAUCAAGAAUAAGCCUAGGAUCAAUGAAGAUCCAAAAGAUGCACUACUUAGGGAAUUUCAAGAGGAAAUAUCAAGGCUCAAGACAGCAUUGGCAAAUCGGGGUGGCAAGAAACAUAAGAAGAAAAAGACAACAGAGAAAGGCCCUCGGGAUGAGAAUGAGAAUGAUGAAGAAUGUUCUGAGGAAGGGGAAGCGGAUGAGGAGCAGGUGUCCCUGAAUUGGAAGGAGCAACAAGAAGAACUGGACAGGGAAAGAAGUGCCAUCUUAAAUGACAAGAACAUAAUUGCUGAGGAGAAGGAGCGAUUGCUGAAUGAAGUCCAGAGAAAAGCACAACAGCUACAGGAAGAAAGGAGGGCUCAGGAGAAGCUGGCCAAGAAAAUUGAAGCCCUUCAGAGCAAGCUCCUAUCUGGGGGGACAAACAUAGUUGAUCACACUAAUGAGCAACAAAAGGCUCUUGAACAAAGGAAACUAGAAAUUGCUGAACAAAAGAAGAGAGAGCGAGAAAUGAGACAGCAAUUGGAGUCCAAAGAAGAAACUGCGCUUCAGUUGAAAGAAACAUUCACAUCACUGAAACAGGAGGUGGAAGUGAAGACAAAACAGUUGAAAAAGCUUGCAGCAAAGCUGAUUUCUCAUAAACAAGAAUUAGCAGACACACGUGAGGAGUUUGUGAAAGAGAGAGCCGAACUCACCCUGAUGCAGAAUAAUCUCACCAAGGACCUGAAAAAAAAGUACCUAAUACUGGAGAAUUUCAUCCCUUCUGAGGAGAGGGAGAAACUCCAGUCUCGAUGCUUUUAUGAUGAAGAGGCUGAUAAAUGGAGUCUACUUCCACCUAAGCAAAAGUCAGAAGUACGAAUCUUGAGCAAGCGUCCUAUCUCUGCUGUAGGAGCUCGAAGGCCUAUAUCUGAAUAUGCACGUAUGCAAAUUACCAGAAAUGGAUCUGCAAUACGAUACAGGGGAGAAAACAUAGUUAUGUUACCUCUGGAGGUUAUAGGUAGAACAACACGGGAUUAUGUGAGCCCACGUGUGUCACCUUACGUCCAGGCUGCCUUGGAUGCAGCCUUGAAAGGAGAAGGGGACUUGGAUAUUGAUGCCUCAGCUUCACGUCUCUUAUCAAGAUCAGCUAUUCAUGGCAUUCUGAAAGAAAGAACCAGGGGAAGUCAACACCACCUGAGAGUCAUUUCGAAAAAACCUGGUGCCUCUAGGGGCGACUCCCCCAAAGAAAAUUAUCCCAAAUCCAGAGGCCUUGUUCCAAAGUGACUUCUGCUGCUGCUGUCCUUUGCUCUUCUCUUUGUUGCAGUCAUCUGUAUUGUACUGCACUUAAGUCAUCCCUGAAUCUCUUCAAAUACCCAGGCCCUCCAUGCAUGUGAUAUAUUCUAUUUAUUUUGUUUCUUACUGAUGCCAUAACAGCUCUUUGUGCUAAGGCUGUGAUAUAGCCUCAUGGGGAAUUUACAUUGGGUG